CUCCUCUUCCAGGCUUCCCUGCCUACCCAGCAUGCCGCGCGGUCCCGGAGAGCGGCGGCCAUGUUGUCAUGAUCUGAGAUCCGCUUCUGUCUGUAACUGCCAGCCGCUCCGGGACCGUUUGGAGCUCAGAAUACCGCAAGAGACCGGACCUCGCCCAUGUGAAAACGGAGAGCCAGAAACAGCAUGGCCGCCAUGUUAGGAGAUGAUGACUUUGAUCAAUUUGAUAAGCCUGGCGCAGAAAGGUCUCGAAGACGACGAGCUACAGAUGAUGACUGGGACAGUGAGCUGGAGGAUGAUCUGCUUGAAGAAGACUACUUGCCUGGAAAAAAGGCUUCACCAGAUCUUUCUGAUGAAGAACUUAAUGAUGACCUUCUCCAGAGUGACGAGGAGGAACAGGAGACAAGCAACUAUAGUACCCAGGGAGUCACUGUUAGCCUGAAUGCAACUACAGGGGGCAUGUCGUUUGACCUCUCUCAGAGCAUAAAAGAGGAAGAAGUGGAGUCUCCAGCUGUAGAAGCUGAUCUUCAAGAGCCUGAGAAUGAGGAGGUAUAUGAGGAAGUGGAAGACAUGGAAGCUGGUGCAGAAGACUUUGUGGGGUCCUAUGAAGACAAUUACGAGGUACCUGAUGAGCAGAUAGAAUAUCAGGAGGAAGAAACCACUGAUGAGGUUUUAGACCUUGAGAUCACUGAGCCCCUGGAUGAAUUUCAAGAGGAAGACGUCUCGCAGGCAUCCAAAAGGCAGAAAAUGAGUAAUGAGCAGUAUGUGGAAGAUGUGGUGGAGGAAGCAGAAGAAGCACCUGAGGAAGCGGAAGAACAACAAGAUCCUGCCAACAAUACUGAAGAAGCUUUCAUUGAAUCUCAAGAAUUUCCCCCAGACAUAAAGGAGGAGUCAGAUGAUGAGGAUGAAGAAGAAGAAGGCGGUGGUCGUAUCCGUUUCAAAACGGAACGAAAGGAAGGGACCAUUAUCCGGCUAUCAGAAACUCACCGUGAAAGGCGUAACAUUCCAGAUACUUUAGAGCUCUCUGCUGAAGCAAAGGCAACCCUAAUGGAAUUUGAAGAAAUGGAGCGUCAGCGCAAAGUAGGGCGAUAUGGCACUAGAAGAGGUGGCAGAAGAGGGGGAAACAACUCGAUGCACCGUGGAAUUGCUGACCGCAGGCAUAAUCAGAAUGACAGGCGAAACCCUAGAGAGCAAAGAUCAAAUCAAGGGCAGCCCAUUCGAACUUUAUUCCAGCAGCAGCAACAGCAUAUUCAGCCUCUCCUGCCUAUGCAUAGAUCCCAGCAUCCUCAGAUUGAUGGCUCCUCGUUUCAACAGGAGAAGACUAGACCACAGUCCACACUUGUAUCAACGCCAUCUCAUCCACCAAAAAAUAUCCACAUUAAUCCUCAUUUUAAGGGGAAUGUGACAUCUGUUCAAGUGCCACUGUUACCAGUCCCAAAUCAGCCUCGUCCAGCAAUGGGGUCACCAAGGUUUCCAGGCAUGCCAGACUUUCAACACGUUUCGGGUCCUCCGCCUGGCAAUUUCAAUCCACCUCCAAGAAUUCAAGAACCUUGGAGGAACCCACCACCACUCCAGCCUGAGCGUGAGCAAUUCUUCAUUGGAGAGCCACGGUUUCCUAACCAUCCUAUGUUUGAUCAGAGAAAUCCUCCUCCAAUGCCUCCACCUCCACUUCUUAACAAUAACCUUCCCAAUCAGAACCCACCACCACCUUUCAGUCCACCAGGGCAGGGCUUUAACCAGCCAGGCCAACAACAGCGAUUUAAUCCGCCCCCUUCUAACUUUAAUCCUCCUGGACCUGGUCAACAAGCAGGCUUUAAUACCCCUGGGCCACAAACAGGCUUUACUCAACCUGGAUUCAACCAGCCAGGAUAUAAUACAUCUGGUCCUCAGCCCAACUUUAAUCCACCGGGCCCACAGGCUGGUUUUAACCCACCCGGCAGUCAACCAAAUUUUAACCAGCCAAAUUUUAACCAAUCAGGUCCCCCUCCUGGGUUCAAUCAGUCUGCCCCUCAGCCACCAUUUAACCCGCCAGGAAUAAACCAGCCUGGUUUUAACCAGCCAAGCCCUGGGCAUCAGCCAGGAUUUAGCCAACCAGGUACUGGUCCACAGCCAAAUUUCCCACAAUCUGUCCCUGGACCCCAGCAAGGAUUUAAUAACCCAGGAUUUACAAGAGAGCGACCUGUUCGGAUUAACCUGCCAUCUCCAGGGCCAAUGGGAAUUCCACCAUUCAGUCAACCAUCUACAAAUAUAAGGCAUUUUCCUCCACCAAGGCAACAGUUUCCACCCCCUCCUGGACAACCCUUCAUGCUUCACAAUCAGUCGAAUAUGCAGGGACCCAUGCAACCUCCGCCUUUGCAUCAACAUCAUCCGCCUGGAGGACAACAAAAGCCCCCAAUGUCUGUGCCACAGACAUCUUCGUUUAGAGCACAUUUACAAAAUUCUCAAAACCCAUCACAUAGAAUGCAAGGGCCUCGACACCCUGCUCUCAAACAAAGACAGGGUACACCAGGUCAGAACAUGGUCAAGGCUCACAAUCCAAGAAACAGCAACUUGCGAGAGCUGCCUAUAGCGCCGUCUCACUCAGUAGACCUGACUAUGAGGAAAGCAACGUCGGCCCCUGCUGCACAUGUCAUUCCUGUGGCCACCACAGCACCGCAGCCCAGAUCCGUGAGUGCUGAAAGUGCACAAGCAGCCAAGCCAGUAAACGUCACCAGCCCAAUAAAUGCAGAAGUUAAGAGUGAAGAACAGUUCCCCGAUGAGGACGAGGAGACCAGGAAAUACCGCUUAAAAAUCGAAGAACAGAAGCGUUUGAGAGAGGAAAUUUUAAAGCGGAAGGAACUGCGUCGCCAACAGCAGGCUGGUGCCAGGAAAAAGGAGCUCAUGCAGAGACUCAGUCAGCAGCACCAACAGCAACAGCAGCCACAACAGACUAGCAUUGCACAACAAGGCCAGCUCGAGAUGGACAAACAGACUGUAAAGUCAGAAAAUAACAGCAGCCAGGUUCUGCCUCCCACCACUGCGCAGGCGCAGCCAAAUGUGAAAAAUAGACUGACUCCUAAGAAGUCUGAGGCAGCAAAUCCUCCACAGAAUAUCCCCCCUCUGCAAACUUCUGUAACCAAUGUAACAUUUCAGGGACAACAAAAGAAGAUCAUUAAGCAGGCAGUGCAAAACAAAGUGUCAGAGAGUUCUGUUCCGAAGGUUCAACAGGUCCGGCCUGCAAGGUCAGCCCCAUCGCUGACCUCACAGCAUACUGUUACAGCAGCUCCAGUCCAGGGCAAGCCAAUAGAGCAGAGACUUGCUGGCACAAAGAGAACUGUCAUGCAGAGGUCAAACAGCAGCUCUGGAGAAGCAGCUCAUAUAGCACCAAAAGUCCGUGUGAUUAAGUUAUCCACAGUGGCGGACAAUACACUGGAGCCUUCAGAAGGUGAUCACCAGGAACCGGUUCCUCUGCAGAGAAUUGUCUCCCAGCAAAGGCUUCAGAUGCAGCAGCGGCCACAGCAGCAACAGCAGCAGCGGCCACAACAGCAGCAGCGGCCACAGCAGCAACAGCAGCAGCGGCCACAGAUUCAGCAGCAGCGGCCACAGAUUCAGCAGCAGCGGCCACAGAUGCAGCAGCAAGGGCCACAGAUGCAGCAGCAACGGCCACAGAUGCAGCAGCAGAGGCCACAGAUGCAGCAGCAACAGCGCCCACUAAUGCAGCAGAGACCACAGAUACAACAGCAGCAGCGCCCCCCGAUGCAGCAAAGGCCACAGAUGCAACAGCAGCAGCGUCCCCCGAUGCAGCAGAGGCUACAGAUGCAGCAGCGCCCCCCAAUGCAGCAGAGGCUACAGAUGCAACAGCAUCAGCGGCCACAGAUGCAGCAGAGGCUACAGAUGCAGCAGCGGCCACCGAUGCAGCAGAGGCUACAGAUGCAGCGACCACCAAUGCAGCAGCCACAGAUGCAGCAGCAAUGCCCUCAGCAACGAACAGGGCCAGUGCGGAAAGUAACAUUAGGAAAAACUAGCGUUCAACAGCAGCAGUUUCAAGUAAAGCCUCUUACACCGCUUUCAGAGUCUACAGGUCCUCAGGCUGUAACCAGUGUCCAAGGAUAUCGCCCUGCAAAUAAGUCUGUGUCAUUCCUUUCACUUUUUUCAGUAGCAGUGAAUCUUAAAGCUGUCAGCUGA